AUGGGGCCCUUUAUUAUGCUGAUCUUUGGAUCGGUGCUCGUCUUCGCUUUCGGAUGGGUGUAUUUCAUGGUGCCAGAGACCAAGAACAUCUCGCUAGAGGAUGUCGAGGUUCUCUACUCCGAGCACGUCAAGCCAUGGAAGUCGGCCGCUUGGAUCAAGGAGCGUGACGACGACGAUGAAGAAUUUGCUGGUCAACAGCAAGACUCUUCACUCUUGCCCACCGCUUCAAACCGAACGUCUUCAACCCGAAGCAGGCGCAAAUACUGCUGCUGGUGGAAGCGAUUCAUCUUCGGCAUCUCUCUACUAUCAGUCUGCUUCGGCAUCUUCGAGAUCGCUUUUCAUGGCAGAGAAGCCGAAUCACUUCAGGCAGCCAAAGCCAAGAUCAGUCAGCUCGAACAAAAGCUCAGUGAAGGGGUCAAGGGCGGGUUCAACAGGGUCAUGGCGACAAUUUCUCACCCUGCUUCAGAUCCACUUCUAGAUGUAGCGAGCGCCUCGGAUUUUGUGCGGGUCGAUCCGGACAUCGAGACUGUCAAGAGUAAAUCGGUCAUUGUCCUCAAAACGGGUGCAUCUGUGCUAGCCGAUCGACUACCUGUUCAGCUCGUCCUGGCUCAGGCGUCUUUCUUAGCUGCUGAUGAACGCAGCGGUCAGACCUCCCCUUCCCUAUUCCUGAUCUACUCCGACGCAGCAGAUCAGAUUGGCAACUUUAUGAUCCACAACGCGCUCGCCAACGUCUCCGACUUUGUCCGCCACAACGCCGACUUUUCCCGCCAAUACAACCAACUUCACACUCUACUCGACAACAACGCAGAUCCAUCUUCCUUCCCGGAAGGAUGGAAUCUGGACAAGUGGAAGUUUCUGUACAUGUGGUCCGAUGCAUGCCGACGUCACCCUUCUGCUGAAUGGUACAUCGGAUACGAAGCCGACACUUACGUCCUGUGGAAGUCGCUGUUCAAGUUCCUCUCGACCCAAGAUUCAUCAAAAGAGACACUCUUUGGAUGCGGUUCGAUCCUCAUGAGGAAACACGAGCUCUUCGCUAAUGGUGGCUGUCCAUAUAUCAUCUCUGGCACCCUGAUGCGGAGUACCUUCGGUAAAGAUCCGGACUUUGCGAGCAGGUUCGAUAAGGAGGUGGAGCAGAGUUGCUGUGGCGAUGCAGAGCUGAGUAUCGCUUUACGCCAUUCCGCCACUGUACCAAUUCAGGACCUUGGAGACUCAGGAGCACGGUUUCAAAAUCAAAGGCCGAGAGAGAUCGUUUUCGACGCUGGCAAUUGGUGUCAACCUAUCAUAAAUUUCCACCACCUCAAAGCAUGGGAGAUUGUGGAGCUGUCGAAGAUGGAGAACGAGAUACGAAGGAAGAAGCGAGGCAAUGAGACGGUGCUGUACUCGGACGUGUUCGACUACAUCGUCCCUAGAAACCUCAGAAUCGCGUUGGAUGCAUCAGCUCGAAAUCAGACCUCGGAGAUGGAUCUCUAUCCCACCAAGUAUCACUGGCAAGCCUUCGAUAUCGGGGAACGCGACACCCGUAAAGGGAGGACAAGUAAGGACGAGCAAGAGUGCAGGGCGCAAUGCAGCCAAAGCGACGGUUGCACGACAUGGCUGUGGACCAAAGCAACAGAGAAGGAGAAGCAAGGCGACUGCUACAUGCUGCAUCACGUCGUUCGGAUCGGCGAAGCGUUCCAGGGGACGGAAAAGCGAACCAGCGGUUGGAUCCCAUCCCACGUGCGCGACUUUCAGGCUCAGCAUAGUUGCAACGAUCCAUCUACAGCUUGA